CAAACAAAUGACAUUUGAAAAUGUUAAAAAAAAAAUCGUAAAUUUGUGAAUGAAAAAUUAUAAAUUACCACUUUUGCAAAAUUAAAUCAAAUUUCAGAAUAAAAUAAACCAAACAUUCACAUAAAAAAUGAAUGUAAUAACUGCAGUUAAAUUAUAUGUGGAGAAAAUGACCAAUGAGUCUGGACCAGGAAUGAAAAUAAUCCUUUUAGAUAAGGAAACAACAAGUAUUAUAUCGAUGGCUUUUAGUCAAUCCGACAUGCUCCAAAGAGAAGUGUAUCUCUUUGAACGUCUAGAUUCUGGCCGUUCCAAUGAACGACUUAAGCAUUUAAAGUGCAUUGUUUUUGUACGGCCAACAAAACAAAAUGUUGCUCUUCUAGCUGAUGAAUUGAGAAAUCCUAAAUAUGGUUCAUAUUACAUUUAUUUUAGUAACAUCAUUCCAAGAACUGAUAUCAAAAUACUCGCCGAGUGCGAUGAGAGUGAAUCAGUUCGUGAAGUCAAAGAAAUCUAUGCCGAUUAUCUCUGCGUCAAUCCAAAUUUGUUUUCCUUUAACAUUCCAACAUGCAUGAAUCGUUUAACCUGGCAGCCGGAAGCAUUAAGUCGCAGUGUCCAAGGACUUACUUCUGUUUUACUUUCAUUAAAAAUGAAUCCUGUCAUACGUUAUCGAGCUGGUAGUGUACCAGCACAAACUCUAGCCAAACACAUCUUUGAACAAACUACUAAAGAAUCAUCAUUAUUUGAUUUUCGUACUUAUGAAAAUGGAGCACCACCACCAUUGCUUUUGAUUCUGGAUCGUAUGGAUGACCCGGUAACACCGUUAUUACAUCAAUGGACUUAUCAAGCUAUGGUACAUGAACUAUUGAAUAUUAAAAAUAAUCGAGUCGAUCUAUCUGGGACACCACAAAUACCGAAGGAUUUUAAGGAAGUUGUUUUGUCAGGUGAUCAAGAUGAAUUCUAUGCGAAGAAUAUGUAUGCAAAUUAUGGAGAGAUUGGUUCCACUAUAAAAAGUCUAAUGGAAGAGUUUCAGAAAAAAGCAAAAGAUCAAAAAAAGGUGGAAAGCAUUUCCGAUAUGAAAAAUUUCAUCGAAACGUAUCCACAAUUUAAAAAAAUGUCUGGAACUGUAACAAAGCAUCUUUGUGUUAUGGGUGAACUUUCAAACUUAUGUACAAAACGUAGUUUAUUUGAACUAUCAGAAUUGGAACAAGAAGUUGCAUGCAAAGCAGAACACUCGGCACAAUUACAAAGAAUAAAAAAAAUAAUUGCUGAUGAACGAAUUGCUAUUGAUGAUGCCCUGAAAUUGGUUGCCCUUUAUGCUUUACGCUAUGAACGACAUGCAAAUUGCGAUACGUGUGGUCUUUUGCAAAUAAUAAAGAAUCGAGGAGGUCGAACAUCAUUAGUACCAAGUUUGAUUGAAUAUGCUGGCCAACAUGCACGACAAGGAGAACUAUUUAAUUUGGUUCGAAUCACAGACGCCGUAAAGCUUACCAGAAACCUUAUAAAGGGUCUUAAAGGAGUGGAAAAUGUCUUCACUCAGCACACUUGCUUGCUAAAAGAAACUCUCGAAGAUAUAUUCAAAGGUCGUGAUGUCGAUCCAGUAUAUCCAGCUAUUAAUUCUGAACUUGUGCCAUUCCGACGACCACCACAGGAGGUGGUUGUAUUUAUUGUAGGUGGGGCAACGUACGAAGAAGCAUUGGCUGUGCAUCAUUUAAAUAAUACUGGGUACAAAGUCAUUCUCGGUGGAACAACAAUACAUAAUUCAUCGAGCUUUAUGCAGGAAGUGCUUGCAGCAACUCAGGGAGUUCAGUUUAAACAUACAAAAUCAAUGCUUAAAUUCUGUGCAAGCGAAAAUUUUUAAAUAUUUAUAAACAUUCAUUGUAGCUAGAGAAGUAUCAUAAAAAUUACAAAUAAAACAAAUAUAUCACUAUAACAAAUUUAAAAGAAAAAUAAUAUUUGAUUUGU